AAUCCGGGAACUUGAGCCUGCCUCCUCUGGCCAGGCCUGAGCUGCUGCCCCCACCGCUCUCCCUCCUGCCUGGGGACGGGGCGGGGGGGAACUUCCCGGAGGGCAGAGAGACGCAGUGGGCUGGGUGACCCUCCCCAAGCGCCGGGCUUCAGAAAGAUCACCCUCUCCCGGGAUCCCGGGAGACUGCCCGCAGCCGGCAGCGCCCAGUGAUGGAGUCUCCAUGGCUGGAGACGCGCUGGGAGAGGCCCUUUUACCUGGCGUUCGUGUUCUUCCUGACCCUGGGGCUGCUGAAGACCAUCAAGCUCUACCUGCGGAGGCAGCAGCUGCGGCGAGAUCUGCGCGCCUUCCCCGGGCCAACCCCGCACUGGUUCACCGGGAACCAGGAGUUACUUCAGAGAGAUAAAUUGGAGGAACUUGAGGAGGUUUUCAAAAAAUACCAGUGUGCCUUUCCCAUCUGGAUUGGGCCCUUUGAAGCAUUUUUCUAUAUCUGUGACCCGGAAUAUGCAAAGAUAUUUCUGAGCAGAACAGAUCCCAAGUCUAAGUACCUGUACAAGUUCUUGAUUCCACUAAUUGGAGAAGGACUACUGAAUCUACAUGGACCCAAGUGGUUCCAGCACAGACGCAUACUAACUCCUGUAUUUAAUUUUAAUAUGCUGAAGUCUUACGUCAAGGUGAUGGCCCAGUGUGUGAAUGUAAUGCUGGGUAAAUGGGAGAAGAUGUGCGGCACUAGCGAUACGCUUGUGGAGAUCUUUGAGGACAUCGUUUUGAUGUCUAUGGACAUACUCAUGAAAUGUACCUUCAGCCGGGAGACCAACUGCCAGAUAAACAGCUCCCAUGAUGAUUAUGUAAGGGCAAUUUCUGAAGCCAGCCAAAUCAUCUUUAAACGCAUGUCCAAUUUCUUAUAUCAAAAUGAUGUGAUUUUCAAAUUCACUCCCGCUCACCACCGCUUACAGAAGAUAGCCAACAUUCUACAUCAGUACACAGAGCUGAUAAUCCAAGACAGAAGGAAGUCCCUCAGGGAUAAGAAGGAACAGGGUAAUACUGAGAAGAGGAAGUUUCAGGAUCUUCUGGAUGUUAUCCUUUCUGCCCAGGCUGAAAAUGGCAACAGCCUCUCAGAUACUGACCUGCAUUUCGAGGUGAACACAUUCAUGGUGGCAGGGCAGGACACCGUGGAAGGGAGCAUCUCCUGGCUCCUCUACCACCUGGCUCAGAACCCUGAGCAUCAGGAGAGAUGCCGGGAAGAGAUCAGGGGCAUUCUGGGGGAUGGGUCUUCUAUCACCUGGGACCAGCUGAGUGAGAUGUCCUACACCACAAUGUGUAUCAAGGAGUCUCUCCGAUUAAUACCUACAGUCGUAGCCAUUUCCAGAGAACUCAGCAAGCCCAUAACCUUCCCAGAUGGACGCUCCUUGCCUGCAGGAAUGAACGUGUUUCUCAGUAUUUGGGGUCUUCACCACAACCCUGCCGUCUGGGAAAACCCCAAGGUCUUUGACCCCUUGAGGUUCUCUCCGGAAAAUUAUACUAAGAGACACUCCCACUCCUUCUUACCAUUCUCAGCUGGACCAAGGAACUGCAUAGGGCAGCACUUUGCCAUGACUGAGAUAAAGGUGGCCAUUGCCUUGAUUCUGCUCCGCUUCAAGGUGACUCCGGACCCCACCAGACCUCCUUCCUUCUCAUCCCGCGUUAUCCUCAAACCCAAGAAUGGGAUCCACUUAUACCUGAAAAAAAUUUCUUAAUGUUAGAGUCCUGGGUACAAUGAUUAUAUAUAUUCUGUUUUAAAGUUAAAUUAUGACUACUGGUAUGAGAACACU